ACAGAAUUGACUAGAAGACCCUACUAUUUUUUUUAUAUUUGAAAAGUAAUUUACUACGUUUUCUUAUUUUAAGUGCCUUUAAAUGAAUGCGUGAUACCAAACAAUCUCUCUCUGACUAGUGCAAUAAAAAACACACAUAGUCACGUAUACUGUUAUCAAGUAUUUGUGAUAACAUAAUUUUGAAUUUGUUUAACAAUUCAAAUGCUUUUUCUUAGAAACUGACACAAAUAAGGAUUUAAAUCCUUCUAUAAAACUGAACCAUUGGUUAGUCAGUAGUGCACGGGAAUGAUUUUCUUUUCUAUUGUGUUGAAUUUGCAUGCAAAUAUAUUGACACUCGAAAUAAUUUCACUUGCAAUUUGUUUCGUUUGUCUUUUCCUUCUAAGAAAUUUUUUUCUUAUCAAUAAUUGUAGAAAAGAAAUACUUUAAUACAUAAAUUACUUUUUUAAUAGACAUCUUCAUUUAUAUGAUCUUUACAAGACGCACUGAAAUAAUCUUAACUUUUGUGGAUGCUUUUCUUUGCACAUUUAAAUAGAAAGAUAGCAUAACGUGAAAUGCGGAUUGCUUCCUUUUAUCAAAAAAGCCAUAUCUUUUUUUUGAAAAAAAAUGAUAAACUGAAAUGAAUGAACAUAUUAUAUUAAAAAGUCGAACUUGCAUAAAAGGCAUUUUUUAUUUAUUUAAAGCAACUAGAUGGAAGGCAAUGAUAGAUUAGAAUAAUAUAAGGCAUUUAAAUCAGUUAUUAUUAGUGCAGUUUUUUUGAAGAUGUUAUGAAAAAAAAGUUACACAGUCCAUUUGUUUAUUCUUAAAUGAAUUUAUUUAUGUCGUUUCCAGUCACACAAUGCUAUGUUUAAUGCGUGAAAUAAUAAGACAAAAUUUUGUGUGCGUUCGUACAUAGAAGGAUUCAUGUAAAAACAUAUAGUUUUCGUUUUAGCUACGGAAGGACGUCCCUUAUACUUUAGUAUAAAAAAAACUAAUUAUUUCAAAAGAAAAAUUGAAAACGUGCAAAAGCAAAUUUACGGUAGCAUGUUCUCGGUAAUUUCGAGUCUUCAUAAAAGCAGACAUUUAUUUUUAUAAGAAGCGUCGUAACGGUUUUAAGAAGAUUACAGCUUUUAAUGAAAAAAUAUUAAAAUUCAAAAAUUGUCGAGCGAUUAUAACAUUGAGUUAAUUGUUUUCUCUUUUUAGCAGCGGAUGCGGUCUUAAAUAAACUCUGAUUUACGUUAAACAAGACGUAGAAGAAAAAAGUAAUUGAAUUAUUGAAAUCUUUUUCCAAAUUUAUCAUGACUUGUAAAUUCAAAAAAACACAAAUUUAAGCAGUACAAAAUAAUCAGAGGUAGUCACAAGAAAAAUACAGUCACAAGCGAUAUAUCUCAGGGAUCAUUUGAAUAUUGCUACAGAUUGCUCAGAAUUGGGUUGACAGCAAAUAACGUUUCUUAUAGUGGCAAUUAUGUUCUAUGAAUUCAAAUAAAAAUGUCAAAGCGUUUUACAUUGAUUUAGGACAAAUAUUUCGACACCUACUCAAAAAAAAAAAAAAUCAUGAGUGAACUAUCUAAUUUAGUUAUGAAUUCCUUCAGUAGUUUUGGAUUAUCAAAAGCGUUAGAGGUUCAAGAGUUAUGCGUAAGAAUUCAUUAUUUGUGUAAACGUAAAAAAGCGUAUGCAGUUCAACAUCCAAAUUCUUUAAUCAAUAUUAAAAAAUAUAUAACGUUUCUCGUGAAAAUAUGUUUGAAAUUCUUGAAAGCUGCGAAAACGGGUCAACCUCCUAAAUUUUUAUUGGACCUUGAAAAAACGAAAAAAACCAUUAAAGAAUGUCUUUCAAGCGAAGGACUCGUUUAUCUAUAUAUUUCCCAAACACUCAAAGAUCAUUUAAAAUUACUUUUAGUGGAACUAUCGCGAGUUAAACUGGAUUAUCCUUUAAAUUUAUGUUUUAAAAAAUCUAAAAAAAGUGGAGUAAAAAAAAAGAGAAAGAUUUUGAAAGCAAAUGUAGCAGAAAUUAUAAAGAUACCAUUGAAUGAUAUAACCACAAUGCUCCAUCCUCUACCUGAAUUCCCUUCAAAAAAUCAAUUUCUUAAACGGCUUAAACGUCGCAAUAACCGUCAAAGGUUCCUAUUUCUGAAAUAUUUGCCUUUUCAAUACUGUAAAGAUAUUAAUGGAUUAUGUUAUUCAAUAGCCUCUGACGUAGCUGAACCCUACACACCCGGCAAUGCAAAAGUAUCUCAUUUUGACAAAAGGUUGCCAAAAUGGUUUCGCGACACUUAUGAAAAAAAUUACGCGAAUUUAAAAAAGAAUUGCGAGGAGCAAAUUGAAACUUUAUUACAUAGAUACCAGAGACGUUUGACAGCAGGAAAAAUAAAUAAGCUGCUUUCUGGUGAAAAGUACAGCUAUUGUUAUCCGUACGUUGCGUCAAUUAUUUCUAAAAGCGAUCAGGACGAUUCAGUGAAUGAGAUAUCUAUACAACAUGUGCAAGAUUUCAAUCGUGGUUCAAAAAAACAAACAUUGGCCAAUGAUUAUGGAAUCGAUGAUUUCCAAAUGCAUAAUGAAGAAGGGGAAGGUAAAAUACACCAGAACAUUGGAGAUAAGACACAAAACGAUUUGAUGUCGCAAAGGCGGUCAAGCAGCGGUUCCGUGAACUUGAAAACAGAUGCUGAUUCUAAAUCACAGACACCUUUAUAUUCAACGAAAGAAUCAUGUUCCUUAGUAACACAGAAAAGACCACCAAAAUCAAACGUAGGGAAUUCUUUAAAAUCUCUUCUUCUCAAGUUUAAUAUAGUCAACUGGAGUAGGAAUCGGCUGGCAGGUAGCGAGUCCUUUGCGGAACAUAUUUCUUCAAUGAAGCGAAAAGCAGCGGCCAUUACUUUGCCGAAACUGGCAAAGCAAGAUUACGAUCACAAAGACAUUUCAAAUCACCUUGUUGAAAACUAUGAAAAAAAAAAUAAUUCAAAGGAUUUCAAACAUUCUUAUAGCAUGUUUAAUAACAAAAAUAAAGUGGUCUCUAACAGUUCAAAAAAUUCGCCGGGUUCACCCUCUUUUUUCUUUAAAAGGCCAAAUACACUGCAACCUGGAAUCGAACUUAAAAAAGGAAGAAAAAAAUCAUUGAUACUAUUACCUCUUAACAAGAAUGAGUCCUUGAAUAGUAAAAAUCGUUUGAAUACUAAAAAAUCUAUCCAUAUUAGAAGUGAUCAAUUGAAUACAACUUUUCAUAGACAAUCUGAGAAAUUUAAUUGGUCAACCAAUCUUUCAAACAAACCACCUAAAGUCUCCUUAAGCACCAAAGAUAACCAAGAGCAAUGUACCAAUCAAAGCAAGAUGAAUGACCAAAAUAAAACGUCCGACGUUACUUCACAACGAUUGUAUCGUCCAUUAAACUAUCCUUAUUGGGACAAAGAUUCACAUAAUACAACUAACGUCGAAAUUGCUCAAGAUUCCUUGAAUCAUAAUAUAGGAAUGAGUCCCAGUUUAACAAAUGGAAAAUCAAGCAAUCAAAGUCAGAAAAAAAGUGUCAUUAACAACAAAAACGGAAGGCUUCCUAUAACAAGUGCCUUGUUUCCAAUUGUAUUCAAUACCACGUUUGGGAUCAGAAACCUAUUAAAGAAGCUAAUUAGUAAUAAGUCACAAUUGAAGGAUAAGCAUUUAACUCAUCACCAUAACGAAAUGCUUAAGGCACCGUAUUUUUCAUCAUUAAAGGAUCCUGAAUCGCUAAAGAAUUCUGAAAAAAAAACGGUGAACAAUAAAACUGAGCAACAAAACAUGUUAGAAAAAGGUGUAGUCGGUCAUGAGACAUUCCAUUCAAAAGUUGAAGACUCUCGUAAUGCUUUGCGAAUUCGCGUCAACGGAGAAAAACAAGUUCAAAAUCAUUUUCAAGAAAUAACAAAAGAAAAGAAAGAAUUUUCUAGGGUUCCUGAAUAUUCUAUAACCUCUAUGAAUCGUUAUAAAGAAGCAGGUUUAAUUCCGGUAGAGGUUGUUUCAAAGCUACAUUUUGAAUUUCAUCCAAUGUAUGUGGAAAAACGGGUUACACCAAACUCGAAUAGGAAUUUGAAUCGAGCUAUGGUUUCCCAGUCAGCCAAGCAGCGUGCGUUAAAGGACAACAUUGGCGACAUAAUGGAAAGUGUACCAAAUGAUUUAAAAAUCCAAGAAUCCAAAAACAAACAAAGUAAUGAUGUUAACAAUACCGAGUUUAAAUUAGUAGAUCGUCGAAUGUCGUACGAAGUAAUGAAGGAUUCUUUUAUAUUUAUAAUGUAUCCCAAAUCAGGUUUUUUUAUGGAAAACUAUAAAAGACAAUCUAAACCUUUUUUUUCAAAUGUUGAUAAUAUUUUGUCUAGCAAAGAAAAAGAAAGGUCAGUGAACUAUAACGUGUGCAUACAACCCAUCGAGGAACUCUCGCCCGUCCAUGGCAGUAAUCAACUAUGCGCAGAGCAAUCGAAGACAGUGCAUCACAGGUUUAAGAGAAAAAAAUUAAGAACUAUACAAAACAAUACGGACAAAAAAAAUAGUACACCUUUAGUAGCCAAAAAUAAUCAUAAAUUAGCAUCACAACAUACUCGUCAGACCUCUGAACAAGAAACAAAAGAUUAUGAUGGUUUUCCUGUAUACCAAGACCCCGAAAAAAUGAUUAUUCCUGAUACAAACCAUGAAAAUGCACGAAAAUCGUAUGAGGCCCAACACCUAUCCAAACUUAUUGAACACAAAGGGUCUAGCCAUGAGGAGUCGAAGAGUCUGACGAAUGUCGACUGGUUAAUGUCUACCCCUCUAAAAAACCAAGUUAAAAAUGACAAGCAAAGUACCAGAAUUCUUUUAAAAAGGAAAAUUCGGGGUAAUGCACAAAAAUAUGAAGGGAGAGUUGAAAAAAAUUCUGAGCCUUUCGUCACACGUAAGGAAUUUUUUAAAAAAGUUGCAGCAAAGCCCUUUAAUAAAAAAAAAACAAUAAAAGCUACUUCACUUACUCAUAUCAAUAGUACUUCGCCAGACCCUGACCCGAAUAAUUUAAUAAAAUCAUCAAAGAUCAAAAAGACUAGAAAGAAGAGAAAGAUUGAUGUUAAGAGUUCUGCUUUAAAAAAACUCAAUUUUGACCCCAACAUGGUGAGUCAUGAUCACCCAGUAGAGAACACAUUCAAAAAAAUUCCACCAAAUACACUUUUCAAUGAGGAAAUGUUGGAGUCACUUGACAAAAAUAAGACUGUGUUAAAGCAUAAAGGUUUAUUGAAAAAGAACAAUAAAACGAAAACGUUAUUCAAUGAAAACCUCAAAAACAAAAGAAAGUCGUAUUCGAACGCAAGGCACCAAGUCUAUAAGUCACCAGUAAUGUAUCAAAAAAGGGGUGUUAAUGAAAAUGAAGCCGGAACAUUGAUCAAAUCAACUUCAUCAAUUUCGUUGACUUCGCAGAGUGCCGUUGAAAUGGUGGGCAAAGUUAACGUUGGAAAAGAGGUUUUGAAUAGAAAAAAUGUCCGGGGCACUUACCGUUCAAACAUACGGCAAAAGCAUACAAGCAACAAAAAAAAAUUAGAAAGGAAACAGUCGAAAUCAGAUGCGCUAGUUAACUCCUUAUCCAAGUUAGAUGUUUCUAAAACUAAGAAAGUUAAACAUAAUAACAAAGUCACUGCUCUUGUUCUGCACCAAGACAAAAGAAACACUUCACGGAAAACCGACAUUGGUCCCCCCCACCCUAACACAAAAGAGAAGGCUCUAUAUGUAUCUACAAUAUCAUCUUCAUUACUGCCGAUUGAAACCAAAUUUAAAUUGAAAGCUACAAAUAUCAAACAAGAUAAAAACACUAAGGUCAGUGGUUUACAAGUGCGUGGGACGAUAGAUUUUAGGGAGAUACCUAGGGGAGAAAACAUGUUGAAAGCGAAACAGCAUCAGUUCACUACGGCAGCCGAACAGCGCUCAUCAUCUAAAUUUUGGGAUGAUGCUUCUUGCUUUGAUAUGGGGAAAACAAAUAUUUUUUGUACAGUAGAAGACACACAGAAAUGCGGCUCAUCAGACUACUCUGGUAUAAAUUCUACUGAUGCCGUUGAUGAAAAUCCAUCGAGCACUGAUAUCCGAAAAAAAGUGACGAAUAUAAAAAAUCAAGACAGUAAAUUUUAUUUAAAAACGCUAAGAAAUCAUCGGGUCGAUGAUUUAAAGCAAGCACAAAGUUCAGGAUUAAAUUUAACAGAAACAAAAAACAAGAAUAAUGUUUCGCAAAAUUUUGAACCCGUUUUGUUAUUACCAGAAGAUAAAGGUACUAAUGAAUCGAAUGGGUCUUUUAAGUUAAAAUUCCAUGAACCGCUUUCAAGUAAAGUGAUGGACAUGUCCAGAAAUUAUAAUAAUACUAAUGAUAUGGCUUGCACCGCAUAUGACUAUAAAAAAAAGAAAGUGAUACCAGUGGAAUACGAACAAGACGAAUCUCCAUGCUUACAUUUGACGAAAAGACACACACAGGAACUUCAAACGAACAGCAUUUUAUCCCAAGUUAAUAUAAAAAAAAGACACCUAUCAGCUCCGUUCGUUAAAGACUUUGGUUAUUUAAAUUUAGUUUGUACAAAAAACGUAACGCAUCAUUUUACCAAGUCACCUGGUCAAACUAUAGUUUAUGGUUGUCUACAAGAUCCUUCGUAUAUCCAGACGGUUGAGUGGUCAACAGGAACAAAAGGUCAGCUAGCGGAUAUCUCGGAUGAAAAAGUGUCUCAAGGAUGUGAAAAACAAACAUUUUCUGAACCUCAGACUAAAAUCAAAAACAUUGCUUUAAAAAAAGAUUUGAAUGAUGCUUUUAAAAUGAAAGAUGAUUCAAAAGAAAACGUCUUUAGUGAAAGUUCAUCCAGAACAUUUCAUUUCAACCAGAAAACAGCAAAUUUUAAAACCCCACAUUAUCAUUUAAACAAAAGCAUAUGUAGAAGUCACUCAACUUUCUGUGUGAGUGUAAAUUCAUCCAUAAAAAACUUAAUUCAAGAGGGACAGUCGAACACCACUAGAACAGUCAAUAUGAAAAAAAGAAAGGAAAACAAGGAAUUCAAUGAAUCUCAAAGGACAAGUGAAGUGGAGUCGCGGAAAACGGAGAUGUUGAAGCAUUUCUUAAAAAAAAACUGUGCACUGUCUCGUAGUACAAGUUCCUCAUCUACACUAAAUAGGACGCCAUUUGAUAAAUCUGUUUGUCUAAAGACAUAUAAUUUUGAAGCACAGCAAUUAAAAACGUCAGAUACGAAGAAAGUGGGAAAAACAAAGAAUGCUUACACAAAACGAGUGACGGCUUGGAAAUCAUUGAGAUCGACAUUUAACCACCACAUAAAGACGUUUUCCACAAACAGCCUUCAAAAGAGUGCAGCAGGGCAAUCGAAUGAGAAAGCGGAAGGGAAAUGGGACAGUAAAAAACUUAAUCGCAACUUGAAAACAGCGUGUAGCAUAAAUUUGAUUGGAACGGAUUUAUCCCAAGUGGACAAUCGGUACUCUUUGAGAAAAUUUGAACUUCAAGCAGAAAGGCCUUGGAAUAAUAAGAAGACUCAGAAUAGCGAUCACAGUAUCGUAAAAAAAGUAGGACUAGAAACUUUAAUGUACCACAAGAGACCCGUCUCUGAUACUUCGCUUUGCAAGCCUUCCGAAUCGCUAGGAAGUAAGCAAACGAACUAUCUUAGAGGAGGUAGCUACGACAAUAUAAGUAGUAUCUCACCACAUAUCUCAAAUAAUUUCGAAUUUAUAACAAAUAGUCAAGCACCAUCCAAAGGCUUACUAAAGGAAAAAGAUGAAACAUUAAUUACUAGAAAUAUCAAGGAAUUGGAUGCACCCAAGCAUUGCGAUUUAAUUUCCGCUAAAACGUCAGACUGUAGACUGUUUUCUGUUCCACAAAGGAAACUAAUAGCGGGAACUUUUGAAUUUAAGGAAACUAAUGAUAACGAAUGUUCUAGUUUUGAAAUUAAAAAUGCAGGAAACCACUUGAAUAAUCAAAAAUUAAACUUUAAGGAAAGGAACAAAUCUGCAGCAGUUGACGAAAAUUUACAAAGUAUUAUGAAAAAAAAUUUAAGAAAUAGUGUUGACAUAGCAGAAAGAAAUUAUUUAAAACAAAUAUGUGAGAGCGAAACUGAUCAAAGCAAAGAUAUAAGUAACUUAGCUAGCGAGAAUUUAAAAACCAAUUCCCUUCCAAUCUUGUAUAAGUCUGAGGAAUGCUCAAAAACUGACAACUUAACACCAAAUGUCGAUGCUCAAAAGGAACACUUAAGGUUAAAGUUACUUUUUUUAAAAAGAAAAAAAAAGAACGGGAUUGAGAAAUCUGCAACAGUGCCAUUUAAAAAGAUUUCUUCAAUGGAAACCAUAAAAUCAAGAAAGUCCCUUGAGUUAAGAGGAUUGGAUUCUAAGCUAACAAGGUCUUUAAACAGUUUUUUUCGAAAUACGCUUUAUUCCGUCAAUUCGGAUACUGAAAAAAUGAAAAAAAAAAACCCGUAUGUUGAUACAAUAACGCUUUCGCCUGACACAAAAUCUGCGGUUGGAAACAAGGAAACAACUUAUUCCCCUAAUCAAAAGUUCUACGUAUCACUUGCACCGGACCCAAUAGAAGGUAUACAAUUACCAGAGCUGGUCAAAUCACCAGACGUUAAGGACAAAAAAGCCCAACAGCAAUUAGGAAAACAUAUCGAUUCAGCUGAUGUAGAGCAACGGCCAGACACGGUGAACAUAACAGAAGUAGAGCGAUUGCUACAAGUGGUGGACGUAACAGGAGUAGAGCGACGCGCAGAUGUUGUCGACGUAACCGAGGUGGACCAAUCACCAGAAAGGAUCGAUGUGAAAAAAGAAAAGAAAUGGCCAGAAGUGGUCGACGUGACAGCCGUCGAGCGACUAGGCGAUGUAGUUUACGUUACAGAGAUAGAACAGUCGCCAGAGGGUACCGACGUUACAGAGAUAGAACAGUGGCCAGUAGGGACCCACGUUACAGAGAGGGAACAGUCGAUAGAAAUUACCGACGUAACAGACAUAGAACAGUUGCAAGAAGGGACCCACGUUACAGCUAUAGAACAGUCUCUAGAAGGGACCGGCGUAACAGACGUAGAACAGCUGCCAGUCAUUGUCGACGUAACAGGGGUAGACCAAUCACCAGAAAGGAUGGAUGUGAAAAAAGAAAAGAAAUGGCCAGAAGUGGUCGACGUGACAGCCGUCGAGCGACUAGGCGAUGUAGUUUACGUUACAGAGAUAGAACAGUCGCCAGAGGGUACCGACGUUACAGAGAUAGAACAGUCGACCAACGUUACAGAGAUAGAACAGUCGCCAGAAAGGACCAACGUUACAGAAAUAGAACAGUCGCCAGAGAGGACCGACGCUGCAGAUAUAGAAAAGUCGCCAAAAGGGACCCACGUUACAGAGAGGGAACAGUUGCCAGAAGGGACCCACGUUACACAGAUAGAACAGUCGCCAAAGGGUUCCGACGUUACACAGAUAGAACAGUCGCCAGAAAGGACCGACGUUACAGAGAUAGAACAGUCGCCAGAAAGGACCAACGUUACAGAGAUAGAACAGUCGCCAGAAAGAACCAACGUUACAGAAAUAGAACAGUCGCCAGAGAGGACCGACGCUACAGAGAUAGAACAGUUGCCAGAAGGGACCCACGUUACACAGAUAGAACAGUCGCCAAAGGGUUCCGACGUUACAGAGAUAGAACAGUCGCCAGAAAGGACCGACGUUACAGAAAUAGAACAGUCGCCAGAAAGGACCGACGCUACAGAUAUAGAACAGUCGCCAAAAGGGACCCACGUUACAGAGAGGGAACAGUUGCCAGAAGGGACCCACGUUACAGAUAUAGAACAGUCGCCAAAAGGGACCCACGUUACACAGAUAGAACAGUCGCCAGAAAGGACCGACGUUACAGAGAUAGAACAGUCGCCAGAAAGGAUUGACGCUACAGAUAUAGAAAAGUCGCCAAAAGGGACCCACGUUACAGAGAGGGAACAGUUGCCAGAAGGGACCCACGUUACAGAUAUAGAACAGUCGCCAAAAGGGACCCACGUUACAGAGAGAGAACAGUUGCUAGAAGGGACCCACAUUACAGAUAUAGAACAGUCGCCAAAAGGGACCCACGUUACAGAGAGGGAACAGUUGAAAGAAGGGACCUACGUUACAUAUACAGAACAGUCGCCAAAAGGGACCCACGUUUCAGAGAGGGAACAGUCGCCAGAAAGGACCGACGUAACACACAUAGAACAGUCUCUAAAAGGGACCCACGUUACAGAUAUAGAACAGUCUCUAGAAAGGACCGGCGUAACAGACAUAGAACAGUUUCCAGAAGGGACCCACGUAAAGGAGAUGAAAAAAUUACCACCUGUACUGGACGUAAAAGAAGUAGACCGAUUACCAGCCAUUGUCGACGUAACAGGGGUAGAUCAAUCACCAGAAAGGAUCAAUGUGAAAAAGGAAAAGAAAUUGUCAGAACUGGUCGACGUGACAGCCGUCAAGCCACUUGUCGAUGUUGUUUCCUUUACAGAGAUGGAACAGUCGCCGAACGAGACCAACGUAACAGAAGUAGAAAAAUUAAAACCUUUACUUGACGCAACAGGGGUAGCACAAUCACCAGAAAAAAUCGAUGGGAAAGAGAAAACAAAUUUCCAGAAGUCGUCGACAUGACUGCCGUCGAGCGACUUACGGAUAAUGUUUAUGUUACAGAGAUAGAAAACUCUCCAGAAGGGGUCGCCGUAACCGAGGAAUAAAAAUUGCCAGGCUAAGACGACAUGGCUGAUGCAAAACAGUUUCUGAAAAAUGAUUGACGUAUGAGGGGUGAAAUCAUUUUCUUAUAGAGUCGAUAUACAAGAAGAAAAAACACUAACCAAAUUACGCUGAUACAAUAAAUACAUACAAACGAUAAGAAGCAUUGAAGUUAUUAGAAAGGUGGAAGAACCGUAGAGAAAAUUGCCGUACUAUCUACCUAAAAGGUAAUUGCCAUAUUUCAGUAGCUAGAUAAUGUAAAGACUAUUGAAGCAAUUUCAAAUGAAAAUUUGAUGAAAAGAUGAAAACUAAAAAAAAGUAAAUCCAAGGACGUUGGAAACUCUUUAAAGGUAGCCAGUGUCUCAGAAAACGAAGAAACAGUAGAUGCAAAGAAAGUUUCGCAAGUAAGCGCAUGUCUCAAAAUAAGGAUGUCGAUAAAAAAUAAACACACUUUGGACAAGGUCAAUAAAUGCAAAGUGGAUGACACAGGAAAGUCAGCUGAUAUAUAGAAUGUGGUUUAAAGUUCAAGUCUUGAUUAAGCUGAAGCAAUAAUUCAUGAAGGAAAUAUGGUUGCGGAAAUAGGUGAAUGCGUGAAUUGGACGUCGUCUACAAAUGAUAACUAGUACAAGCACAAAACGUAGCUAAUAUUAACGCGCAGAGUAAUUAACUUUUAGAAUUAAAUGAUCAAUCGACGAAGACGUACUAAAUGUAUCAAGUGCACCAACCCGUAUCAUAGAAUCUGACAUUAAGAACCAAGAAAAAAUUAUUGAAGCAUUCAGAAAAGUAGACUUUUGAAACCCAAUCAUGCCGUGAUCCAAAAGAAAUCAUGUGAUAUUAGUGAGCACAAACCAGACAAUAAAUUAGAGCCAAAUAACGUGUACGACACAUAAAAAGAAUAAAUCAGGCUAAAGCAUCCGAUCUAAGGACUAAAUCGUAAAAGGACAACACUUUUAAAAUAAAAAGUCAUCGGAUGAAGCUAGUGCAAGGAAAAACUAUUCACUACAAUCUAGAUAGAAAUUGAAUCUCAUCUAGCUAUCAGAUAUAUAAUAGACCAUGAAUCAUGCGGGAGUAACAAAGUUAGAGUGAAAGGUAGAUGAGGGACAACUUGUAAAACCAAAGUGGACAAUUGUCUUGAUUGGACUAUUACAUAUGAUUAAAGAAAAGCUGUGAAAAAGAACCACACCAAGUCUUUUAGGAGUAUAUUACAAUAAAUGUAUUAAAACUAGUAUAUUAGAAUAGUUGAUGUAUCGUCAGCAAUUAAUAAAAUUAAAGAGGUGUUUAACAAAUCUAAAUUAAUUCAUAAACAAGAGAAUCCGUUUAAUUGAAAGAACUUGCUUUGAUGAAUGUGCACAAAAUAGAUAGAUACUACAAGACAAACAGCAAUAAAUCCAAAGUUAUUUCAAAUAAAUAAAUGUGAUAGAGACAGCAAGAUAUUUAUGGAUAUUUAUGCAACACAAAUUAUCAACUUGCUUUUUGAAAAUUCUCUUGUUUCAAGUUGUGUGUAAACUGAUAAAUGCAAUGCAUCAAAUGUAGAGACUAAAGCUUUGAUAAGGAAACUAAUUAGCCGUACAUAACUAAAACAUUAGUGGUGUAGAGUACAGCUAUUGUAUGAACGCAAAGGCGGCUAAUGUAGCAUAAAUAUCAAAUAAAACAAGCGUGCUUGGCAUCUUUAAGGAAUAAAACGACUAGAAGUAAUAUUAUUAGGUGUAGCACGGAAAAGAUCCUAAAAAACACAAAGGUGCUCAGCGUUAAAAACCAUAGAUGUACUUGCUAAAAAUUAACAGUCAUUUUUAUUAAAUGAUUAACGGACUGACUCCGUGUAUAGAUAACGCACAUUGAUGGGAAUAUAAUUUUCGCAGGUUUUUAGACGCAUCUGUAUAAGGCCAAUCGUGAAACGUGUAUGAUUAAAAAUGAAUAGAAACGUUGCAAACUCGGGUUUACUAAACUUUUUUAAAUUUUUUUUAACCAAAAGUAAUGAAACUUCGUUUGCGAAAUUAUUUUAGCAAGAUGUUCUAACCAUUUUUCCUGUUCCACGCAAUGCAAUACUCAAAACUAUAUGAGGCAGCGGAACAAUUGAAAAUCAGCACGGCACAAAUUCUAGCAUGAAUUUUCAUAAUCUUCAACAUUGUUGAGGUGCCUGUAAGCACGAAUUUGGUGGACACAAAAAAAUUAAAUUGUUAAAUGGGUUUCAUUCAUUGACAAAUAAACUUCAAUGGAAUAGUACAUUUGGAAAAUGUUGUUCGUAUGCGGAAAAAACAAGUUUUGAAAACUUCCAAAGUGUAUCGAAUUGUAGAGAAACAAAAUGUAAUUCACGGAAUGGUAUUGGAAUUAUUCCAAAGUAUGAAAUGUGUAAACUACCCAAUUAAGCAAUAUUGCAAAAAUGUCUUGUGCAAUUUUACACUGAGAGAAAUACUUAUAGUUAAAAUAUUAUGAACAAGAUAAAAAGGGUUAUAGAAAUUGUGUGGGAAGCUUUAAUUCCAUUAAAAAAAAUUUUUAAAGCAGUGAAAGCAUUAAGAAAUAUAGACAUAAGAAUAUCAAUUAAAUUAAUGUUAAAAUGUUUGUGAACCUCUUCAAUUGAUGCUACAUCAAAUUCGUCACUUCUCAAAGUUAAAAGUUUAUUACGGAAUGCUCAACUCACUUCACAUGCCUCAAGAAAUAAUACAAGAGAACUCUUAUAAUUUCAACAUCUUGUUUUCAAGCAGUGAUUACAAAUCAAACACUUGAUUAACAUGGUAAAAAUCAUUGAAAAUUGCUUAAAAUCUUCAUUUAAAAAUUGCAGUUUACUCGAAUAAAAAAUUAAAAUAUGACUAGCACAUAAACUGAAACGUAAAA